CAAUGGAGACUUGUAAGAUGUUUUUGGUCACCAUCUUUCUUGCAGCUAGUUUUGACUUCAUCAGAACACAGAACAUUGUCUGCAGGAAGGCCUCUGUGGGAGAUGUGGUAUUUCUGGUGGACGCCAGCAUCAACCCCCAACAUGCCCGCAGUGUGCGGAACUUCCUGAACAUCCUGGUUAACAGCUUUAAUGUCAGCAGAGAGACCAUCCGGGUGGGUCUGGCCCAGUACAGCGAUGCACCCCACUCAGAGUUCCUGCUUUCCACCUAUCACCGCAAAGUCGAUGUGUGGAGACACAUUCAGAGGCUUCAAUUUAAGUCUGGGGGAAACAAGUUGGGCCUGGCUUUGCAGUUCCUUCUGGAUCACCACUUCCAGGAGGGAGCCGGGAGCCGUGCAAGCCAAGGGGUGCCCCAGGUCGCCAUGGUCGUCAGCAGUGGCCAGGCUGAGGACCAUAUUCGUGAACCUGCUGAGGCAUUUAGGAAGGCAGGCAUCCUACUUUAUGCAGUUGGCAUUGGAAAUGCAGCUCGGGCAGAGCUCAGGGAGAUUGCAAGUAGUCCCAAGGAGAAGUUUACCUCCUUUGUUCCCAGAGUCUCUGGCCUGAUCAGUCUUGCCCAGAAGCUGCGGCUUGAGCUGUGUGAUACUUUGGCAAAGGCAGCUCAACCUGUUGACCCUGUAUCUCCAGCUUGCAGAGAAGUAGCCCUCGCAGACAUUGUGUUCCUAGUGGACAGCUCUACUAGCAUUGGACCCCAGAAUUUCCAGAAAGUCAAGAACUUCCUUUACUCCAUUGUCUUGGGGCUUGACAUCAGUAGUGACCGGGUCCAGGUGGCACUCGCCCAAUAUAAUGACAAUAUCUUCCCAGCCUUUCAGCUGAACCAGUACCCUCUGAAGAGCGUGGUCCUGGAACAUAUCCAGAAUCUUCCCUACCGCACAGGAGGCACAAACACAGGGAGUGCCUUGGAAUUUAUCCGGACCAACUACUUGACUGAGUCGGGUGGCAGCCGGGCCAAGGACAGGGUUCCUCAGAUAGUGAUCCUGGUGACAGAUGGGGAGUCCAAUGAUGAGGUCCAGGAUGCAGCUGAUCAGUUGAAAGAAGAUGGAGUUAUUGUAUAUGUGGUAGGAGUCAAUGUUCAGGAUGUCCAGGAAUUACAAAAAAUAGCCAGUGAGCCAUAUGAGAAGUUUCUCUUCAACACGGAAAACUUCAACAUCCUGCAGGAAUUCUCAGGAAGCCUUCUUCAGACUCUGUGCUCAGCAGUGGAGGGUAAGAUAAAAGAAUACACCAAGGCCUAUGCAGAUGUGGUCUUUCUUGUGGACACCUCCCAGGAAACAUCAAGGGCCAGUUUCCAGUGGAUGCGGAAUUUCAUCGCCAGAACGGUUAGCAUGCUGGAGGUUGGCAGGGACAGGUACCAGAUUGGACUGGCUCAGUAUGGUGACCAAGGUCACACUGAGUUUUUGUUCAAUACCUACAAGACCCAGAAUGAGAUGAUGACUCACAUCCGUGAGCGCUUUGUGCCCCGAGGUGGCUCCAGGAGGACGGGCAAAGCUCUGUGGUACCUUCAUCAGACCUUCCUGCAGGAGGCAGCAGGAAGUCGGAUUCUGCAGGGCAUCCCUCAAUUCGCAGUGGUCAUCACCUCCGGCAGAUCUGAGGACGAGGCCUGGGAUGCUGCGCAGACACUGAGGGAGAAGGGCGUGAAAGUCGUGUCUGUGGGUGUGCAGCAGGCUGACAGGGGAGAACUGGAGGGCAUAGGGUCCCCAGCGCUUGUAUAUGAUGUGCAGGGAGAAGAUGGAAUCAGACAGCUAUCACAGGAUGUGAGUAUGGUGAUCCAAGGGACUGGACAGCCAGAGUUCAGGACUCAGGCUACGGAGGAAGCCAUAGUAGCAUGUCCAACUGCUAUCCCAGCUGACUUAGUAUUCCUCAUUGAGGAAUUUAGCAGGGCUAGGCAAUCCAACUUUCAACAAGUUGUCAAUUUCCUCAAGACGACUGUCAACUCUCUAAGCAUUCGUCCUGAUGCCGUGAGAAUUGCCUUGGUUUUCUACAGCGAGGAACCACGACUUGAAUUUUCACUGGAUACAUUUCAGAGUUCAGCCAAAAUCUUGGAGCAUUUGGACAAAUUAACUUACCAGGGAAGAAGAGGAAGGACAAAGACCGGUGCUGCUUUGGAUUUCCUGAGGAAUGAAGUUUUCAUUCAGGAGAAGGGUGGCCGAUCCCACCAAGGUGUGCGGCAGAUAGCUGUGGUCAUCACAGAAGGUUUCUCUCAGGACAAUGUGUCCAGACCCGCUUCUCACCUACGCAGGGCAGGGGUGACCAUCUACGCAGUUGGUACCCAGCAUGCCUCAGAGAGCAAGGACCUGGAGAAGAUGGCCACAUAUCCUCCUUGGAAGCAUGCCAUCCCCCUUGAAUCUUUUUUGCAGCUCUUUGUUGUGGGAAGCAAGCUUAAGAACCAGCUCUGCCCUGAGAUUGUGGGCAAGAAGGCGUUCUUUCCUGGGAUGGGCUAUACCCUACAAGAAGGUUGUGUGAAUAUUGAGAAGGCAGAUAUUUACUUCCUUAUGGAUGGGUCUGGCAGCAUCGGCCCAGAGGAUUUUCUUGAAAUGAAGGUGUUCAUGAAUGAGGUGAUAAAGAUGUUUCAGAUCGGGCCUGACAGAGUGCGAUUUGGAGUCAUUCAGUACUCAGACAAAAUGAAAAGCAAAUUUGUCCUCAGCCAGUACACCAGUGUGGCAGAGCUGAAGGCCGCCAUUGAUGACAUCCAGCAGGGAGGAGGUGGUACUGCCACUGGGGAGGCCCUGAGUAACAUGACUCGGGUCUUUGCAGACACAGCCCGAAUCAAUGUGGCUCAGUAUCUUAUAGUCAUCACUGAUGGCAAAUCUUCAGACCCCGUGGCUGAGGCUGCAGAGAGAUUGAGGGUCGAAGGAGUCGUCAUUUAUGCUAUUGGAGUAAGAGAUGCUGACGUGACUGAGCUUCAGGAAAUAGCAAAAGACAAGGUGUUUUUUGUGUAUGAAUUUGAUUCCUUGAAGGCCAUCCAACAAGAAGUGGUACAGGACAUCUGCUCCUCAGAGACCUGUAAGAAUAGAAAAGCUGACAUUAUCUUCCUGGUAGAUGGUUCAGAAUCUAUCUCCCCAAAAGACUUUGAAAAGAUGAAGGAAUUCAUGGAGAGGAUGGUGAACCAAUCCAAUAUCAGUGCUGAUGAAAUUCAGAUUGGCCUUUUGCAGUUCAGCUCAACCCCUCAGGAAGAAUUCAGGCUCAACCAAUAUUCCUCAAAGGUGGACAUUCGCAGAGCCAUCUUGGCUGUCCAGCAAAUGAAUGAUGGCACCCGCACGGGGAAAGCCUUGAACUUCACUCUGCCUUUUUUUGACAGUUCCAGAGGAGGGAGACCCAAUAUCCUUCAAUAUUUGAUUGUGAUCACGGAUGGGGUCUCUCAGGAUAAUGUAGCCCUACCAGCCAAGGCUCUCAGGGACAGAAACAUAAUUAUUUUUGCCAUUGGGGUGGGAGAAGCCAAAAGUUCCCAGCUUUUCGAGAUUACGAAUGAUGAGGAUAACAUAUACUAUGAAGAGAAAUUUGAGUCCCUGCAGAACCUGGAGAAGAAAAUUCUUUAUAAAGUCUGCAAUCCACAAGGAUGCAGCAUGGAUUUGUCUGUAGGAAUUGAUAUUUCAACUCCUGCAAAGCAAGUUCAGCAGAAACUUCAAGAGUUACUUCCAGAGUUGAUGCAGCAGCUGGCUUUGCUUUCUAACCUCAGCUGUGGUACUCCUGGUCAGAUCAACCCAAGGUUCCGCUACUUGCUUCCUGGCUCAAACGGUCAGCUUAUCUUUGACUCAGGCUUUGAGAAAUACAGUGAUGAGACCAUCCAGAAGUUCUUGGCUCAUCAGGUUGAGAAGAACAGCCAUAUGGAUGUAGACUUUUUACAAUCCUUGGGAGAUAAUGCUAUCAACCUUUCUUCUGCUAAAGUAAAGGUCCUUUUAGUGUUUACAGAUGGACUGGACGAUGAUUUAGAGAGACUGAAGAGAGCUUCGGAGCUCCUCCGCAGCCAAGGAUUCUCUGGGCUCCUAAUCAUUGCCCUGGAAGGUGUGCAUAAAUUAGAAGAGCUUCAGGAGCUAGAAUUUGGCAGAGGAUUUUCAUAUACACAGCCUCUGAGCAUCACUCUACAAUCCCUCCCAAGCGUCUUACUGAAGCAACUUGACACAAUUGUGGAAAGAACCUGCUGCAAUAUGUAUGCCAAGUGUUUUGGAGAAGAUGGGUACAGAGGUGAUCAUGGGUUUGCUGGGAGGAAGGGAGAGAAGGGUUUUGCUGGGUUUCCUGGUCAUCCUGGUAAAGAAGGUGAAUAUGGAGAAAGAGGCCCCCGGGGUCUUCCUGGACCUCGAGGUGAGGAAGGAUGCAUGGGUGUGAGGGGACCUAAGGGAGCAAGAGGAUUUUCAGGAGAGAAGGGUGACGCUGGUGAGGAAGGUGUUCAUGGCUUGGAUGGAGAACAGGGUGAUCGUGGAGUCCCAGGAUCAUCUGGAGAAAAAGGAAACAGGGGAAAUUGGGGCUUGACAGGACUACCAGGACAACCUGGAGAGCGUGGAGAGCCUGGGUUAAGAGGAGAUCCUGGGGAUCCUGGAACUGAUAGUCACAUUCAAGGACCUAAGGGGGAAAAAGGAAGGCGUGGGCAUCAGGGUCUGUCCAGUUUCAAUGGACCUCAGGGGAAAACUGGAAGUGUUGGCCCUCAGGGGUCACGAGGAAGACGAGGUCUGCCAGGGUUGAAGGGUGUGCGUGGAGAAUCUGGUGAACAGGGCUACCAAGGAGAGCUUGGAAAUCCAGGUUCACAGGGGCCAAGAGGAAGACAAGGACCCCCGGGAACUUUUGGUCAAAAAGGGUUACCCGGUGCCCAGGGGAAUCCUGGGCCUCCAGGGCCAAAUGGUUCCAAAGGAAAAGCUGGGCCAAGAGGAAUGAAGGGAGAGCUUGGUGAUGCAGGAGAAAAAGGCUCACGGGGUCAACAAGGACCAAGAGGGCAGCCUGGUCUUCUUGGUCCAGAUGGAUAUGGACGUCCAGGAAGAAAAGGAACAAAGGGUGAACCUGGAUUCCCUGGCUAUCCUGGUGAACAAGGAGAAGAUGGUGACCCUGGCCACCAAGGAGAGAAGGGAGCAAAAGGAAUCAGAGGGAAGAGGGGUAAUGCUGGCUUUCCUGGAUUUAUUGGAGCUCCAGGUGACCAAGGCCCGCCAGGCAAAAUGGGCAUCAAGGGACCCAAAGGUUUGGUGAACAUGGUGCCUUGUGAAAUUGUUGAUUUCAUUCGAGAAAACUGCCCUUGCUCAACAGGUGUUCAUAAAUGCCCAGUGUUCCCAACUGAAGUGGCCUUUGCCUUGGACAUGUCAAAUGAUACCUCCCAGCUGGAUUUUGAGAGGAUGAGAGACAUUUUAUUAUCUUUGUUGAUGAAGUUGGAAAUAAGUGAGAGUCACUGCCCAAUGGGUGCCCGAGUGGCCAUUGUUUCCUACAAUGACAGAACAGAUUAUCUGGUUCGAUUCUCAGACUACAAGGGGAAGCCUGCCCUUCUGCAGGCUGUUAGGAAAAUCCCUCUGAUACAGUCAUCUGGCCACAGGAACCUUGGGGCUGCCAUGAGGUUUGUGGCAAGACAUGUAUUCAAACGUGUGCGCCCUGGCCUCCUGGUGAGGAAGGUGGCUGUGUUCUUCCAGGCGGGCAGGGCCUAUGACACAGUUGCCGUCAGCACAGCCAUGCUGGAGCUCAGUGCCGUGGACGUCACACCUGUGAUCAUCACCUUCACAGAGGAGCACAACCUUCCAGAUGCUCUACUGAUGGAUGGAGCCAGCAGAUUUCAUUUGUUUGUGUGGGAGACUGAGCACCAGCAGGAUGUGGAGCACAUGGCCCACUGUACUCUCUGCUAUGACAAGUGCCAGCCAGACCCAGAAUGUGGGCCAGGAGGGCCUGGGCCCCAGGCAGUGGAAAUGGACUUGGUGUUCGUGGUGGACAGCUCCCAAGAUGUGGAAAUUGACAUAUACCGUGGGGCUUUGCAUCUCGUGGACGCUGUGCUUGAAGAUCUGGAGGUGGCUGCUCAGCCGAGCGUGUCCCUUCAGGGGGCGCGUGUGGCUCUAGUGACACACACUACUCCAGGCUUCAGGCCUGGCAUGGGUCGAUCCCCUGUGCUUGAGGGCUUCAACCUGACCUCCUAUGGCCACCGGACACAGAUGCAGAGACAGGUCCAGGAGGCCGCGGGCCGCUUGCUGCAGGGACUCCCUGCCUUGGGCCACGCUCUAGAAUGGACGCUGGAGAAAGUGCUCCUGGUGGCCCCGCUGCCGAGGAGGGCGCGCGUCCUCUUCACCAUCGUGGCCAGCGAGACAAGCAACUGGGACAGGGAGAAGCUAAGGACUUUGUCCCAAGAAGCCAAGUGCAUGGGCAUCACCCUGUUUGUGUUGGCCUUGGGCCCUGGUGUGGGGGCUCAUGAGCUGGUGGAGCUGUCCCAUGUGGCCAGCGCCCCCUCUGAGCAGCACCUGCUGCGCUUGGAGGGAGUUUCAGAACCAGAGGUAGCCUACGCCAGGGGAUUCACACGGGCCUUCCUGAACCUCCUAAAAAGUGGAACAAACCAGUAUCCACCCCCAGAGCUCACUGAAGAAUGCAGGGGCCCAAACCGUGGGGACACUCUGCUGUAUGCAGUCAGGCCUGUCAAGAGGUCCUCGUUCCAUGGAUCAGAUGGAAGUUGAGUGCCAGGAUUACAUCCGGAAAUGGUACUACAGUGAGAAG